AUGGGCCCCGACUCAAACCCUCAAGACCAGGCAUCCCUUGCUCAGAAGACAUUGGUUCCUAUCACUUUGAUAUUCGAUGGCCAGCAAAUAACAUUGGAAAAUGACCCGUCAACACCUCUUUACCGGCUUAGCCGCAAUAUAGCCUGCAAAGUUCAGAAGCAUUGCAGCAUAAUAUUCGAACAGAUCGAGGUUGUCGAGACAUCCCAGCCAGAUGGAAAAGGCUCAAGAAUACGGCAGCGGCCUCAUGAUCUUUAUUACCUUGUGAACUCGCUCCUCAUGCUGCAGCGUCGACACGAUACGCCAGCAUGUUAUCUCACCGCUCCAUCGCCUAAGGCCUUGGGUAAUAUCCAGGUCGACGUCUACGAUACUCCUUCACAAUGUCUGGUAUUCAAAGCGAUGCUCAACUCCGACAGAUCAGCAGAUGAUGUCGAAUUGUUCAAAGCUGCUACUCAACAGUUAUUGUUCGAGAUGAGGCCAAAACUAAAAGGCAGCCCUUAUCAGUGGAUAGAUGCAGAUGGACAGAUUAUUGCAUAUGAAUCAGGGCAGGAGGGAGACCACAAGCUCGUAGUUCAAGUUCCAUUACAACAAGACAUCAAGGAUGCCCUGGCAGCCCUGUGGACGCUGCGGCUCUGGCAUGAGCAUAUCCUCAAUCAAUCAGAAUGA